GAUUUAAACUACUGGUUUUCUUCCAGAAUUUCUUUUCAUUCAGAAAUUUCAUUUCUCCUCACCACGUGAAUGAAAAGUGAGGCAAAAUCGUCGUGAGAGAGUAAAGAAAGAAGAGCAAGAACAAGGAGGCAGAGAAGGCUCUGUUUUUCCAGGCUCUUCACGAUGAGAGAUUUGGGGUUCCUUCUCUUCCCUUCUCCCUGUAGUUGAUAGUUUGGGUGGUGGAAGUGAUGCAGAAGUAGAGAUGGCUGACGGUGUCAAAACAUUUCUUCAUGAUCUUGUCAGGGGAAUCAAGGACUCCAUCUGGGGCAUCUGUACCAUCUCCAAAUUGGAUGCCCGGAUCCAACAGAAAAGAGAAGAGCAGCGUCGACGGAGGGCAAGCAGUGUUUUAGCACAGAGAAGAGCCCAAAGUGAGGAACGGAAGCAGGAGAGUGAACCAAGGAUAGUGAGCAGAAUUUUCCAGUGCUGUGCUUGGAAUGGAGGAGUAUUCUGGCUGAGUCUUCUCUUGUUUUACCGAGUAUUUAUCCCUGUGCUUCAGUCAGUAACAGCUCAGAUUAUUGGAGAUCCCUCUCUGCAUGGAGAUGUCUGGUCCUGGCUGGAGUUUAUCCUCACCUCUAUCUUUAGUGCUCUGUGGGUGCUCCCUCUGUUUGUGCUCAGUAAAGUGGUGAAUGCCAUAUGGUUUCAGGAUAUUGCUGACCUGGCGUUCGAGGUAUCUGGGAGGAAACCUCAACCAUUCCCGAGUGUCAGCAAGAUCAUCGCCGACAUGCUUUUUAAUCUCUUACUACAGGCCCUUUUCCUGAUCCAGGGCAUGUUUGUCAGUCUGUUCCCAAUCCAUCUCAUUGGCCAGUUGGUCAGUCUCCUGCACAUGUCUCUUCUCUACUCACUUUAUUGUUUUGAGUAUCGUUGGUUCAACAAAGGAAUUGAAAUGCAUCAGCGAUUAUCCAACAUUGAAAGGAAUUGGCCUUACUACUUUGGAUUUGGUCUACCCUUGGCCUUCCUUACAGCAAUGCAGUCUUCUUACAUCAUCAGCGGCUGCCUCUUCUCUAUCCUCUUCCCUCUGUUCAUCAUCAGCGCCAAUGAAGCAAAGACCCCUGGGAAAGCGUACCUCUUCCAGUUACGCCUCUUCUCCUUGGUGGUCUUCCUAAGCAACAGACUCUUUCACAAGACGGUCUACCUGCAGUCUGCCCUGAGCAGCUCAGCCUCUGCCGAAAAGUUCCCCUCACCUCAUCCAUCUCCUGCCAAACUGAAGGCCGCUGCAGCCCACUGAGCUGCCUCCAAGGGGAGGGAUGGCUUUCGGGGGAGGCACUGGUGGUGGCUUCCUCAGUUUCCCCUAACCCAGGGAAAGCAGGACCCACCCUGCCAAGGGCCCUCAGCACAUUCCCGUUGUUCUCUGUGGGAUCUGGAGUUUUACUAUCUUGUGAGUGUAGGCCAGAAUCUUUUUGAUGCCAGGUGUGGAUUUUUAAUGCUGUCAGCGUGACCGCAGAUUUUUCUGCAGAUGUUUUCUAGCCUUUGCCAGCCCUGUGCCUGUGCUGAUUUGAACACUUUGCUUUUCUCCCCGUGCCAUCCCUCCCCUUUGCUCUGCCACCCUUGGAUGAAUGGAUUUUGUAAAUCCAGUUUGCGUGUGUGUGUGUGUGUGUGUGUGUGUGUGUGUGUGUGUGUUGUUUUGUUAGUUUGUUUUCUGGUGAAACCUGCUCAUUGGGUGUGGAGGGAGGGGGAGUCUCCCAGCUAGUCCUGGUUACUUCCUUCUGCGGCCUUCACUGUCUUUGGUUCUUGUGACUCAGGUUAGGUUUUCAUCCCUCCUACUUCACAGCAAAAAAAAAAAAAAAAAGAAGAAAAAAAAACCUGAAGAGGUGGGACUAGGUAGGGAACAGACCUCACUACCACACGUGUUGGUUUGGAGAGCUUAUGUAUCUCUAUCCCUUUGUUUGUAGGAGGGGUGUACGUAGGAGAGUUCUCUCACUGAUACUGUUAGGGUUCCCUAAUCUUGAGGAGAUGUACCAGCUCUGGACAAGUGCCACCAUUAGCACAGGAUGCCCUGAAAAGUCAGGCUUUUGCUAAGCACUGGAUACAGCUCCGUUACUCAAAGAGCUGGAGGUCUGAAAUUCACUUUGUCAGGGCCACUGCCAGUUAUAUCCGGCACUUCAAAGGGGUGCUGGGUGCUUCACAUGAUCAGGAAUUACAGUUAGAAAACUUAAUGGAAAACAUUAAACCUGUGGCUGGGUGGGUUUUUCUGUCGUUUUUACAGUAAGGUUGGGGGGUGCAGCACAUGUCAAAAAAUUGUACAAUAUAAAAGAAGAAAAAAAUUAAACAAGUAGAAGCUUCUGGUUUCUCAUGGAAACAGGCAUACUGAUUGAUGAAAAUCAUGAAGUUUAUAAUGGUAUUUAAGGAACACAAGGUCUUGUUUGGGUUCAGAAAAAGGGAAUUGAGAGUAAAUGGGAAUUUUAUUGCACUAAGCAUAAUUGAUAGGGAGAUGGUUCUGCAAAGUGUUGAUCUGAAACUCAGGUCUCAUCUCUUUCAUGUAGUUUAUAGAGGGGGAUUGGCUUAUGUCCACUCAUUUAGUGGUUGGUUCUCAAAAACUGAUGAGUUUGGAAUUGGUAAAUUCACUUUUGUGUGUGUAAAGUGUCUUUAUGUAUGUACAUUUCUGCUGUAUAUGUUUCAUAAAGGGAGAAAGAUCAAUUUAGAUUCCAGUGUUCCUCAUGCAUUAAAAAUUCCCAUAAGGCAAGGGAAAAAGAUAAGCAGCUUGCUUGAAACAUUAAGAAAGCCUUUGAGGAGGGCUGUCUGUAACGUAACUACUCUUGGUUAGCAGAUGAACCUCUUCUCUGGUGUUUUCACAAGAAACUGUUAAGUAAAAUAUUAGAAUUGUCCACAGUUGUGGGUGGGUGAUUGUGAGUUUGUCUCACUGGGGGAAGCACCAAGUUGGAAAUAAUAUACAAUGAGAAUUUGUGCACAAGAAUUAUUUGUAAAGCGUAUGGUUAAAGACAUCUUGGGCUAUUUCAAUACCUCUGGUGUGUUCCAAUAAGAUCAUUUGUGGUUUUGACAACAUUUUAAGGCAGCAUUACAAAGAACCACUUAGAAGACUUUCCUUGCUGUAUAUGGUGGUUUGGGAGAGAUAGUUUAAGCUGUCAAGAAUUUUGGUAAUUUGAAAAGUCAUAAUAUAAAUUUUUGGAAUUUUUUUUUCGCAAUAAAAUGAACCCCUUUGGAAGCA